UGUAGUUAGUUCCUGAUGAAAUUUCACCUACUGAGUUCAAAAGUUGAAGUUUAUGAAAGAAUGAAAUUUUAUUUUAGCCAAAUUCUACAAAGGUUGCAUAUAAUGUUCUCGAAGUGUGGGUUGUGGUUAUUAAUGUGGCAUCAUUAGUUUAAAUAUUUAAUAUCAGAAAGAGUAACAUUUUUAUUCUCACUAGUUAUGGUUGACCUAUCAGGGGAAUUAACUGCCCCCCCACCCAUUUCAAUCAUUCGUCUUUUUUCCACCAUGUUUACUUAACAUAAUGAUCCAAGACGGAUUUCUUCAGGUGUUUUGAAGACGUUUUAAUAAGGACUUGACUUUUGAUUACCUUUAAAUCAGUAGUACUCUGAACAGAAUGAGUUGAGUUGGAGAAAUCUGCGUGGCACUAGGACCCAGGGGGCUCCCGUGAGCGGAUCUUGGGGCCAGAUUGCAAAUUCGCGGUGACUCAGUCUGGUCGGCUCCUUGCGCUCGGCGGCCGCGGCGGCAGCAGCAGACGUUGGCGGCCGAGCUGCUAAGAGCAGUUCCGCCGGGCUUCACUGUCCGAGACUUCCUUUGGGGCAUCCCAGCAAACCAAGAUGGAGUAUGAGUGGAAACCUGACGAGCAAGGGCUUCAGCAAAUCCUGCAGCUGCUGAAGGAGUCCCAGUCCCCAGACACCACCAUCCAGAGGACCGUGCAACAAAAACUGGAACAACUCAAUCAAUAUCCAGAUUUUAACAACUACCUGAUUUUUGUUCUUACAAAAUUAAAAUCUGAAGCUGUAUCAGGGGUCGAACCUGGGACCUCAUACAUACCAGAUGAACCCACAAGAUCAUUGAGUGGCCUCAUUUUGAAGAAUAACGUGAAAGCACAUUUUCAGAACUUCCCAAAUGGUGUGACAGACUUUAUUAAAAGUGAAUGUUUAAAUAAUAUUGGUGACGCCUCUCCUCUGAUCAGAGCCACUGUAGGUAUAUUGAUUACAACCAUCGCUUCCAAGGGAGAAUUGCAGAACUGGCCUGACCUCUUACCAAAACUCUGUAGCCUAUUGGAUUCUGAAGAUUACAACACUUGUGAGGGAGCAUUUGGUGCCCUUCAGAAGAUAUGUGAAGAUUCUGCUGAGAUUUUAGAUAGUGAUGUUUUAGAUCGCCCUCUCAACAUCAUGAUUCCCAAAUUUUUACAGUUCUUCAAACACAGUAGCCCCAAAAUAAGGUCUCAUGCUGUUGCAUGUGUCAAUCAGUUUAUCAUUAGUAGGACUCAAGCUCUGAUGUUGCACAUUGAUUCUUUUAUUGAGAAUCUCUUUGCUUUGGCUGGUGAUGAGGAACCAGAGGUACGAAAAAAUGUGUGCCGGGCUCUUGUCAUGUUGCUUGAAGUUCGAAUGGAUCGCCUGCUUCCUCACAUGCAUAAUAUAGUUGAGUACAUGCUACAGAGGACUCAAGACCAAGAUGAAAAUGUGGCUUUAGAAGCCUGUGAAUUUUGGUUAACUUUGGCUGAGCAGCCAAUAUGCAAAGAUGUACUCGUAAGGCAUCUUCCUAAAUUGAUUCCUGUAUUAGUGAAUGGCAUGAAGUACUCAGAUCUAGAUAUUAUCCUGCUUAAGGGUGAUGUGGAAGAAGAUGAAACAAUUCCUGAUAGUGAGCAGGAUAUAAGACCACGUUUUCAUCGAUCAAGGACCGUGGCUCAGCAGCAUGAUGAAGAUGGAAUUGAAGAGGAAGAUGAUGAUGAUGAUGAAAUUGAUGAUGAUGAUACAAUUUCUGACUGGAAUCUAAGAAAAUGUUCUGCUGCUGCCUUAGAUGUUCUUGCAAAUGUAUAUCGUGAUGAGCUAUUGCCACAUAUUUUGCCCCUUUUGAAAGAAUUGCUUUUUCAUCAUGAAUGGGUUAUUAAAGAAUCAGGCAUCUUGGUUUUAGGAGCAAUUGCUGAAGGUUGCAUGCAGGGCAUGAUUCCAUACCUGCCUGAGCUUAUUCCUCACCUUAUUCAGUGCCUCUCUGAUAAAAAGGCUCUUGUGCGCUCCAUAACAUGCUGGACACUUAGCCGCUAUGCACACUGGGUAGUUAGCCAGCCACCAGACACGUACCUGAAGCCAUUAAUGACAGAAUUGCUAAAGCGUAUCCUGGAUAGCAACAAGAGAGUACAAGAAGCUGCCUGCAGUGCCUUUGCUACCCUAGAAGAGGAGGCUUGUACAGAACUUGUUCCUUACCUUGCUUAUAUACUUGAUACCCUGGUCUUCGCAUUUAGUAAAUACCAACAUAAGAACCUGCUUAUUCUUUAUGACGCCAUAGGAACAUUAGCAGAUUCAGUAGGACAUCAUUUAAACAAGCCAGAAUAUAUUCAGAUGCUAAUGCCUCCACUGAUCCAGAAAUGGAACAUGUUAAAGGAUGAAGAUAAAGAUCUCUUUCCUUUACUUGAGUGCCUAUCAUCAGUUGCCACGGCCCUGCAGUCUGGCUUCCUUCCAUACUGUGAACCUGUGUAUCAGCGUUGUGUGAAUCUAGUACAAAAGACUCUUGCACAAGCCAUGCUGAACAAUGCUCAACCAGAUCAAUAUGAGGCUCCAGAUAAAGAUUUUAUGAUAGUGGCUCUUGAUUUACUCAGUGGGCUGGCUGAAGGUCUUGGAGGCAACAUUGAACAGCUAGUAGCCAGAAGUAACAUCCUAACACUAAUGUAUCAAUGCAUGCAGGAUAAAAUGCCAGAAGUUCGACAGAGUUCCUUUGCCCUAUUAGGUGACCUGACUAAGGCUUGCUUUCAGCAUGUUAAACCUUGUAUAGCCGAUUUCAUGCCAAUAUUGGGAACCAAUCUAAAUCCGGAGUUCAUUUCAGUCUGCAACAAUGCCACAUGGGCAAUUGGAGAAAUCUCCAUUCAAAUGGGUAUAGAGAUGCAGCCUUAUAUUCCUAUGGUGUUGCACCAGCUUGUAGAAAUCAUUAACAGACCCAACACACCAAAGACGUUGUUAGAGAAUACAGCAAUAACAAUUGGUCGUCUUGGUUACGUUUGUCCUCAAGAGGUGGCCCCCAUGCUACAGCAGUUUAUAAGACCCUGGUGUACCUCUCUGAGAAACAUAAGAGACAAUGAGGAAAAGGAUUCAGCAUUCCGUGGGAUUUGUACCAUGAUCAGUGUGAAUCCUAGUGGCGUAAUCCAAGAUUUUAUAUUUUUUUGUGAUGCUGUUGCAUCGUGGAUUAAUCCAAAAGAUGAUCUCAGAGACAUGUUCUGUAAGAUCCUUCAUGGAUUUAAAAAUCAAGUUGGGGAUGAAAAUUGGAGGCGUUUCUCUGACCAGUUUCCUCUUCCCUUAAAAGAGCGUCUUGCAGCUUUUUACGGUGUUUAAUCUAGUACACUUAAGCUGCAGUCCCAAAAUUAGGGGUCCUUCGGUCUUGGAGACUAUGAGGGAGCCUCUGCACCCAGGGAAAAUGUUACCCUUUACAGGGGGGAAGGGUAUACCAGUAGGGAAUACAGUACAAUCCCAACCCUACUGGGAGGGGCGGGAGGGAGGUGUGCCGUCACUGUAUUAAGUCGAUGUUGGGAAACGUUUUAACAUCUGGAGCCUUUGUGGGUGGAAAUCUGUCUUCAAUUACAACUCCGCACUGGAUGUGAAGAAGCAAAAAUAAUCUAUUCAGUCUACUCACAAAACAGUACGUUCUGGAAUAUUAUGGGGAAUUGUACCAAAACAAGAACCAUAUAAAUGAUGCAUAGGGAUAAGAAAGGAAAAAUUCUAUAGCGCACAAUAAAGGAAACCUAAGAAUGGGGGUUACAAACAGUAAAGAAGAUUUUUUUUUUUAAUUUAAAGGUUUUUAUAUAAAUGUUCCCACAUUAUGGGGCCUUGUUUUGCAUGCUGAUGAAGAACUACACAAACAAAACUAAUAGAGUUAAAAUCAGCUUGCCUUCCCAUAGUAGAAGCAGGUUCUUGGAAAUUACAAUUUAAGGUACCCCCAAAAAAUGUUGAAAAUAAAACAAAACAAAUUUAAACAAUGAAGCACCCUGUGAAAUGCCAAAUGAGUCACUCCUUUUA